AUGGCAGAGCCUCUCGACGUGGAGGAGCACCGUGAGCUGUGUGGCGUGACAUGGCCAGAAGACAACCCAGGCGCUCAACGCGCCUACUUCUCACAAGGCUUCAGCUGUGAGCCCGUUCCAGAGGGAAACUGCUUCUUCAAGCAACACGCAAACGGGCCAUGCGGGUUGCUGGCGGGUGUCCAGGCGCUGUUGCUACAGGAGCUGCUGUGGCCGUCGGACGGCUCGCCCUCCAUCGCCAUUGCCGUGGCCACACCAGAUGACGUUCGACAGGCGCUCGUCCGCGCACUCGCCGCACCGCUGCUUCAGGCAAAGCCAACCCCGCAGCAGCCAACAAAGCUGGUGGUGCGGUCCCUUGAGCCGGCGCCACCCUCCGAUGCGCCCGCCACGUGCUUGGCAGACGCGUUUUACCAGCAGCGCCGACCGGUUGUUCUGUCAAUUGACGACGCAGACAAGCUGCGCGCAGCCAUUGCCGCGCGCAUGGGCGAGUUCACCGACGUGGGCGGGGUUGUGCAGUUUAUGUACUCGCUGCUGCUCACGUGUGGCCUAGAGCGCGUGCGCCAGUCCAUGUCCGGCAUCACGUCGCUCGUGUACGCCGACAGCACGUGCGACCAGAUUUUGGUCAACCUCAUCCUCACAGGCGUCCCAAAGGAGGAGAUUGAUGAAGACUCGUGGGCAAGUUGGGACGGCAUGCCACGUGUUGGCUUCCUCACAUCUGAAGAAGCGUUUGUCCCCGCACAGCGCUUCCUCAACCCGCUCUACCCAGUCUGGGUUGCUCACGCUGGCAACCACUACACGGUUGUGUUCUGUGCAGACGAAUCGCUGCUGCAGGUUGUGCCGCCGCCACAGCCGCUCGACCUUGAGGGGCUGGCGCAGGCAGCAGCACUGCAGGACCCGCUCCCUCCCGCCAUCCCGGGACCAGUGGCACAACCACAACAACAACCACAACAACAACAACAACAACAGCAGCAGCAGCAGCAGCAGCAACAACAACAACAGGAUAGGUUUCAGAAUAUGACCCACGCGCUGGACUCGCUUCCAAACGCAACCUUUCCUGUGCGAACAACAAUGCCUGGUGCGCAGGGCCCCAGCACAGCCAUGAACACUGCCGCGGAUACACCUGUGCCACAGCCAAUCACACAGGCGCCGCCCUCGCUGCUACCAUCAACAGCCCAGGCCACCACCACUGCCACGGUCGCCACCACUCCGGUUGCUCCUGCAACAGCGGCAGCGGACGAUCGCAGACACAAUGCUGUGACUGGGACUGCUGGCGGUGCACACGCUAUUGAUGAUGAUGACGACGAUGAUCACGGCGAUGAUGACGAUGAAGAGGAUGAUGAACCCCGAGAGCAGCUGACAUUGUCCACCGCCAGCACGGCAGUCUUGAUCUGCAGAAGCGCUCCGAAAGUGAGCCUGUGUGUCAUUGAGCGACGGUCCGACCAAGACCCUGCGAGCGAUGGAGACGAAACGAAGCGCCACUGUCCCAGAGGUUAUGACACGGCAACACCGACGCUCGCCACUCAAACUUCAAACCUCUCCUUGCAAGACCCGACCAUGGAUGAGCAGCAAGCACUGGAGCUGGCGCUGGCGGCCUCACUGCAAGACAGUCCCGGUGUGUCGAGCCCCUCCUCUUCGUCCACUGACGGCAGGCACAACCCCGUCGUCACCACCAACCCAGGCUGCGCCACCACCGCCGCCGCCGCAACAUUGACAACAGGAGCAGCUGCAGCCACCGGCUUGGCCAGGAUGAUGUCGCAAGGUGCGCCACCCAACGCGUUCACGUUCGACAACACCGCCCAGAACGUCAACGAACACAUCAACAACAGCAGCAGCAGCCACAACGAUAGCCACGGCAGUAUCAACGACGCCAGCACGACAGCUGCUGCAAACAACAGCAGCACGAACACUUUCACCGACAGCGACAACGGCACAAACGCGUUUACCGACAGCGACAACGGGAGCAAUUCCGGACCGCUCGCGCUUCCCCCCAACUUUGACUUUGGGCGAGAUGGUGAUGACUGGAACGUGCACCCGCUGUAUGACAACGCGAGCGACGAUGACGAGGCAAUGCGACAGGCCAUGGCAGCGUCUAUGGCGACAUACCAGCAGGAGCAGGCGAGCCAGCCCGUGGGUGCACAGCCCGUUGCAUACACCAUGCACCACUGCAACGGCCUCAACCGCACAGAUCCCGCGAACAGCGUGCGCGUGUCGACGUUUGUUCUGUAUCCGCUUGGCGGCACCACCUCCGAUCCAGACAACCCGCUCGAGCAAGAGAACCGCAAACGCCGCAUCAAGGAGGUGAUAACCACCCGCACGAAUUCGCAGACGGGCAAGGCCGAGUACAUGGUUGUGUGUCACCCUGAUGGGUGCAUGGAGGACGGGACCAAACGUCCACCGCCUGGGGAGAAGUGGCGCUGUCGCGACUGCCACCUGAAGCGCCCGCCAGUCUACUCUGCGUACAACGACCCGGAGGCAGAGUUCUGCAAGGAGUGUGCACAACACGUGUCCGUGUGCGGGUUUUGCCACUGGGUUGCGGAGGAUGAAGUGUCUGCCGCCGAAUUGAGGGAUUGGCGCAGGAACAACAAACCGCCCAUCUUGGAUGUGCUCGCCCGUCGCUUCCCCAGCGCGGAGGUGGACUUUCAAGGACCAUCGCCAGCCCUCUUUGCAUGA